AUGAGUAACCAGUGGAUUCGUGCCUUUCGGUAUGCGGCACAGAAUUCUCGACAAGCAUGUCCGGCCACCCGAUCAACACGGUCCUUCCACUCAACCGUCUCUAGCCGCGCUUCCAACGACGCGCCACGAGACGACGGCCCCAAGCCUGAGAACAAGCCUGAGAGCAAGUCUGAGAACGAGGCCGGCCAAGUCCAGCCCGAGGCCGUCGACCAAAAGUUUCUUGGCCAGAAUCCAACGGCGACAAAUGGAGAGAGCCAGGUGCGCAAGAGGCCUACCAGCGGUCUAAAAUCACGAGUGUCGCGCAAUCGAAAGUCCGACCUGCCUCCUGUCCAAAUACCCAAGUCCUUUCUCGAUGUGGCUGUAGAUCGCCACGGCGCAUUAAAUACUAUUGCUACAAUUGGCUCAGCCGAGCGAUAUAACGGUACUGGAGAAGAUGCUAGUGACCGCAAGCGAGAGCUGGCAGUUGACAAACUUUUGAGGGCUAACGUUUAUUUUGAUACCUUCUCCUGGUCCGAUGCGGAUGUGGAAAAGGCCAUUCAAACCCUGAAGUGGAACAUCGACUUUGGAUGGAUUGCUAGGAGGCUAGAAGCGCUAGGCGUAUUUGCUACUUGGGCUGCGGUAAGUCGGAUCGCGGAUUUAUGUCAGGACGGGGACGACAUCGACCAUCGAACGCAAGAAGCAGUCUUUUCAACGCCGCAGCCGUCAAAAGAAUCUCGAUAUUGGGUGUCAGCGCUUCUGGAGCAGAGAACGAGUGAUGACCACAAGCCACUUAUCUACAGGAGACCGUUUGCAAAACUACUACUACAGCACAUAACUAAGCGUGGUAGUAUUAUACUAAAUAGAGUCGCGUUAUACGAACCAUGCAUGGUCGAUGAGGUCAUCACGGCGCUUAGAGCCGCAUUUCUCAUCCGGGCACCUAGAAAUACCAGACUUGCAAAUAUCUGCCGGCCUGUCACCAUCAUCAAUGUGCGUGACUGCUCGGGGUUUUCUGUGGCUCAAGACACCUUGCAAUACGCUGCUCAAAUGUUAGGCGCUGAUGUGCUCCACCUGCAUGCUCAUGAUAUUGCCUAUAUUGUGGGACGCUACAUUGGGCAGGAUAUCACUAGGACCGCCGGUGAUAUCUCUUUGCUCGGCUAUAGGGCGGCGGAGAACAGUGGACGAUUAAAACCUUACCCUGGCCUCGAAGAGGAGAAUGAGGAGGCCGAGACACUUGACUCAGAUAACGACAAUCUAGAAACAGAAAAGGAUAAGAAACGACAGACAUCAACCAUAGUUGAAUACCUGCAGAACUCUGCCACUCGCGGAAAGAGUGAAGAGCUAUGGGAGGACAUGAAGAUAAAUGCAGCUCUAGAUGAGCUCAUUCAUUCGGCAGAUGUAGACAUGGCUGAUCAGACGUCCGACCAAAAGCCGCUCAUCAUUCACAUUAACGAUUUUAAUGCUCUCAACAUGGAUGAAACCGGGGCUAAUAUUAUAACCAAGAUAAGAAAAGUUGUGGAUGAAAUGUGGUUGUCGGGCCGGAAGGUGGCGCUUGUCGGCUCAUGCUCGACUAAGGACGCGCCAGAAUCCUAUCUAACGGCAAUGAAGGGUCUAGAAAUAGGCGACCGUGUUAUCCAUAUAAACAGCCUGCGCUCUACCGAUUCUCGAGUCCGUGCAAGCACUGGACCUGAGUUGGCACUAUGGGAGAAGCAAGACUAUCUCCGCGAGAACGACGAGAAUAUCGUCAGGACGUUAUGGUCAUUAACAGAGUCGAGUGACUUUACUUUGACACACUCGAAGAGAAGACUGGGACUAGACAGAUAUGCUGAAUCUGAUAGGACAUCAGCCACGGGAGAGCCGGUUACGAAUUAUUCGCAUGGCGUUUUACCCAUAUCGGAGAUUUAUCGAAUCGCGACAACCAUGAUCAGUAUGAGUUCAACACUUGGCGUUGAUUUGCUGAGUUUAGAUUGUUUCGAGGUUGCAUUCACCAGUGUGUCAGUCGCCGACACCGCCAGGGAGAGGACGACGACAAGCUCAAAAGCAUCCAUAAACUCCAAGAAAGACCCCAUAGACAUUGCUGCGGGAUUGCGGAAGAUGAACCCUUUUGCGGACAAUCAAGAGGAGAAGCUGAUGUCCGGCUUGGUGAAGGCACAAGAUAUACGUACAACUUUCAAAGACAUACAUGCUCCUCAAGAGACCAUUGAGUCGAUCAAGAUGCUCACGACACUGUCGCUCAUCCGUCCUGAGGCUUUCUCAUACGGCGUUCUAGCAAGCGAUCGAAUCCCCGGCUGCCUCUUGUAUGGUCCGCCCGGCACCGGCAAGACAUUACUAGCAAAAGCGGUAGCUAAAGAAAGUGGAGCAAACAUGAUCGAGGUUAGCGGCGCUUCCAUUAAUAACAUGUACGUCGGUGAAAGCGAAAAGAACGUGCGCGCGCUCUUCAGGCUUGCCAAGAAGAAAGAGCCUAUGGUCAUCUUCAUCGAUGAAGCAGAUGCCUUGCUCGGGGCCCGCGGCGGGCACCAGAGCGGAAAUAGAAGAGAGACAAUCAACCAAUUUCUCCGUGAGUGGGACGGGAUGGACAAGAUGAAGGCUUUCAUCAUGGUUGCUACGAACCGACCGUUUGACCUAGAUGAGGCGGUUCUCCGGCGCCUGCCCCGUAAGUUAUUAAUUGAUCUACCCCUCGAGGCGGACCGAGCGGCCAUCCUGCGGAUUCACCUCAAGGACGAGGCCAUGGACGAGACGGUGUCGAUCGAAGACAUGGCCAAACGCACACCUCUAUACUCGGGCUCAGACCUCAAGAAUGUCUGCGUGGCAGCUGCCAUGGCCGCUGUCAAGGAAGAGCUCGAGGCAUCUGAGCGACACACGGGCCCCGAGCCCUACAAGUGGGCAGAGAAGCGGGUGCUCAACCGCCGCCACUUCGAUCAGGGGCUCAAGGAGAUUGGCGCCAGUGUCUCAGAGGAUAUGGCGACGCUCUCGGCUAUUAGGAAGUUCGACGAGCGGUAUGGCGAUAGCAAGGCGCGCAAGAAGCGGAAAGGAAUGGGUUUCGAGGUCGUCCCUGAAGCACGUGACUCGGAGCAGGCGCGUGUUCGACGUGGGCGGUAA